UUUCAGAUGCUGCUAUGUGGUCUUUUCAUUUUACCAUUAAGGAUAAUUUUUUUCCUGAUUACCUUAAUAAUGGCAUGGUUGGUUGCAUCCUUCACUACCUGCUGUAUUUCGAAAUUGGGUUUGGAGCCACUAAAGGGAUGGAGAAGAAAUGUAUCAAAGUACGUUUUAAGUUGCCUUGGACGUUGCCUUUUUUUCUCGAUGGGAUUCCAUGUUCGCAUCUUUGGAAAGCCUGCAAGCUUCUCUGAAUCGCCAGUGUUUGUAGUUGCUCCACACUCUUCAUUCUUUGAUGGGAUUGCAGUGAUUGCAUCAGGGAUGCCGUCGACUGUAUCCAGAGCAGAAAACAUUGCUGUUCCCAUAUUUGGCAGUAUCCUCCAUUCCCUCCAGCCUAUAAUGGUGUCACGAACAGAUCCUGAUUCUAGAAAAAACACAAUCAAUGAAAUAACAAAGCGUGCAACAUCAGAAGGAGAAUGGCCACAGGUUUUGAUUUUUCCAGAAGGUACUUGUACAAAUCGCUCCUGUUUAAUAUCAUUUAAGCCAGGUGCUUUUUAUCCUGCAGUUCCUGUUCAACCUAUUAUACUUCGAUACCCAAACACUUUGGACACAGUUACCUGGACUUGGCAAGGAUAUACA